UGCCCCGGCGCAAUAUCUCCAGGCGUCGGCGCGGCCUCCGGCUCACUCAGCCUCCGAGCCCCGCCCCGGCGCCAUCACCAUCAUGUCCAAGCUGCUGGUGCUCCUCGCCCUCAAGGCGGCCCUGGUGCUGCUCGCCUCCGCGUCAGCUCUGGGCCAGCGGCCCGCGCCCAUUUCCGGCGACCAGGCGGGCUCCGGGCCUGCAGUGCCCCCGGCGCCCCCGGUCGUGUCCGCGCCUGUCGCAGCCGCCUCCUCCUCGUCCCCAUCGUCGUCGUCGGCGGCGGCGUCCUCGCGUCCGGGCUGCUCCCUAGGCGGCUUCCACCCCGUGGGCGACACGUGGUUCACCGGUGGCCGCGACGGCUGCCUCAAGUACACCUGCCAGCGUGACGGCGUCGUCAGCUCACAGCCGUGUCCACGCGUGCUAGCGCCGCAGGGCUGCUCCGUCCAGGACGGCGACGCGGACGCCCUGUACCCGGCGUGCUGCCCCCGGCGCGAGUGCAAGCCCGAAGCCGCCGUGCCUCUGCCCGCCGUCGUUGUGGAGGCCGUGUCCACCACCACCACAGCCGCGCCGCCGAGCAGCAGCAGCAGCAGCAGCACCACGACGGAGGCGCAGACAUCCACACCCUCCACCACCACAGCCUCCCCCUAGCCCGCCCAGCCGACAGCCGUGUCGAAUGGUCGGCCUACCCUGCCGGCGCCGUGCGACACAGCACGGCCGGAGGCGGACUCACAGCAACGCUUGACAGAUGUGCACUGUAAAAUUGGAAAGACACAAAAAUAAUCGCUAAACUUAUUUAUUCAUUAAACACUAUCGGGAAAUGUUUGAACACAGUUUAACAAUUCUCAAUACGAACGUCUAAAUAAUAUUGGCAGUUAAAAUUCACAUGUUUUUCAAUUUUCAGAAUUUUUGAAGAGGUUUUCGAUCUCUAUUUGCUGAACUUUUACCGACGUAGAACAAAUAGUGCUGCGGAAACCUUUUCUUUGAAUAAAAAUUAUUUUACGGGUUUUA